CCUCACUUCAUCCACAGCCACCCGCAUCCACACAUCCCCAACCCCAUACCAACGACGUCGCAAGUCUGUGUGCGCCUCCACGCACAACUUGCAAGCCAGCCGUGCGCGCAAGGCCCACCAUGGACCCCCUCGAGCUGGCCAAGGUCUUCGUCAAGACGGUGGUGCGCAUGUUCUACGAAACUGAGCACAUCGUCGUCAUCGAUGCACUAGUAUUCCACGGCGCGCUGUCGCUGUCUGACCUGGUCAUCGUUCUCGACUACGGUAAGAACCAGAAGAGCGCGCAGAAACUGUGUGGCAAGCUGAGGGAAGGUGGUUUGCUCUCCGUCUUCGCACGGCAAGAGCUGCGCGACGGCGCGAUGAAGGCGGUCAACCGCGAGUACUUCUACAUUGACUACCGCCGUGCCAUCGACGCCACUAAAUACAAGAUCCACGUCUUGGACGAGCGCAUCAAGGACAAUGCGAAGCCGACGCAGGAGAAGAAGGAGUUCAUCUGCCCACAGUGCAAAUCGCAGUGGACCGCCAUGGAACUGCUCGACAAGAUCGACCCUGAAGGCCGGGCGAGCGGCUUUUUGUGUCGAACCUGCGACCACCCAGUCGACUCCAUACACAACACCGAGUCCAUUCUGGAACCCGAAAACGACGACACCCCGGCGAAAUUCAACCGGCAGUUUGGCCCCCUCCUCAAGCUCAUGCAGCAGAUUGACGAGGUCACGAUCCCCGCUAUCGAAGGCCAGGACGCGCUUGAUGCUGCCGUUGAACUGCCUCGCGAUAAGGACCUCAACCCCGCUGCAAGGCACGAGGCCGUACCCACAACAACUGUGCGCCCAACAGCAGUGAAGGGAGUGGCAGCCCAGCAAGAGAAGAUCGAGGUCUCGAUUGCGACUAAUUCCGAGUACACCGAAGCCGCUCGGGCCGCGGAGGCUCAACGGGCAGCGAAGAUUGCACAGCAAAACCUUCUGCCGGAGUGGCACACAAAGUCGACUGUCGUUGACAAAGAGUACUAUUCUAGCACACAGGCUUCAAAGCCUACAACGAAUGGGACCGAUACGCAGACUCUCAAAGAGGGGCCAACCGAAGAAAAGAAAGGCCAAGAUUCUGAGCUGGAUGCCGUGUUUGCCGCCUUGGAGGAGCAGCGACGUAAAGAGGAGGCAGCUGCGGAAGACGAGGAAGAGGAAGAAGAUGACGAGGAUGAAGAUGAGGAGUUCGAGGAUGUUCCCGUUGGAAUUGUUGGAACUCCAAAUGGAGUCCCGGAUGCCAAGCGGAUCAAGCUAGAAAGCUCGGCUGCCCCUUCUCCCAGCGCGGGUGCAACUCCAGCCUCAGGUGCAGCUCCCUCGAUGGCUGGUGGAGAGGAGUCGGAAGAAGACGAAUUCGUGGACGUUUGAUUUAUUUGCAUCAGCGAUGGCGUUGGCGGAUGAUUUUGGCGUUCUAUACCUGAAACGGAUAUGUGGAAGGGAUGAAAAGGGCAUAAGCAUUGAGGGAC